GUUUGUCUGACUGAUUCUCUCUGCCUGCCACUCCUUUGACGGAUGAUGGCUGAAGCCCAGCUGUUUGUAUCACAGGACGAGUUCACAUGCUCAAUGUGCCUGGACACCCUGACUGACCCCGUCUCAAUCCCUUGUGGACACAGUUUCUGCCUGAAGUGCCUCACCAACUUCUGGGAUCAAAGCGAAGUGUGCAACUGUCCUCAGUGCAGACACAUCUUCACAACAAGGCCUGAACUGCACAGAAACACUGUGCUAGAUGUAGUCGUCAAAAAAAUAAAGAAGCCAAGAUUCAGUCCUCAUCUGUCUGAGGAUUAUGCUGCCCCUGGAAACAUGGAGUGUGACGCUUGUACUGGAAUGAAGUUCAGAGCAGUGAAGUCCUGUCUGACCUGCAUGAUCUCCUACUGUCAGACUCACUUGCAGCCUCACUUUGAAAUAGCAGCCUGGAAGGAUCACAAGCUGGUUGAUCCAGAUAGAAAUCUAAAGGAUAAAGUCUGUGCAAAACAUCAGAAGAGUCUGGAAAUAUUUUGUAAAACUGAUGAGACGUGUAUCUGCAUGAUGUGUGUGGUGACUGGACAUGAAGGCCAUGAAAAGGUCGAGCUGGAGACAGAAAGAAAAGAAAAACAGAAACAGCUGGGGUCAACACUAAGAAAAAUCAGGAGGAGACUUAUGAAGAGACAGAGGAAACUGAAGGAGACAAGGAGGGCAGUGGAGCAGAUGAAGAUAUCAGUAGAAAGAGAGGUGGAAGAAAAUGAGAAGAUCUUCACUGAUCUGAUCCACUGCAUUGAAGAUGCGCGGAAGAAAUUGGUUGAGAGGAUCAGAGAACAAGGAAAGAGGGAAACAGAGAAGGCUGAAGGAGUCGUGGAACAACUAGAGAAGGAGAUUGAGGAGCUGAAGAAGAGAGAUGCUGAGCUGAAGGAGCUUUCAGAGACCAAGGACCACAUCCACUUCCUGCAGACUUUCUCAUCUUCCUGUGUCCUUCCUGCUGAUGAAGACUCACCCAGCUUCACUGUCACUGCUGAUUUCUCUUCUGAGGACCUGAGAAAGGAGCUGUCAAAUCUAAAAAAUAAUCUGGAGAAGAUCAGCCAGUGGAACAUCAUGACAUUGACUCCAUUAGGUUGCAGAGCUCCAAUUUUCACACUACAGCCUCAUGAGCCUUGCAGCAGAAAGGAGUUUUUACAAUACUUCUGUCCACUAACACUGGACAUCAACACGGCCCACAGUGAACUUCGUCUAUCUGAAGAGAACAAGAAGGUGACACGUGAGGAAACAGAGACUGAAUAUCCUGAUCAUCCUGACAGAUUUGACUACUGUCCCCAAGUUCUGUGCAGAGAGGCUCUGACUGGAACUCGCUGCUACUGGGAGGUGGAAUGCAGUGGAGACAACAUGCUGAUAGGAGUCGCAUAUAAAGGACUGAGCAGGAAAGGAGAAGGUGACGAGUGCAGUCUUGGAUUCAAUGACAAGUCCUGGAGUUUGCAGUGUUUUUAUUCCCAGUACUUUGAUUAUCACAAUAGCCAACAGACUGUCAUCUGUGCCCCCUACAGCCCCAGAAUAGGGGUGUAUCUGGACUGGCCUGCUGGCUCUCUGUCAUUUUAUAGUGUCUCACACACAAUGACCCUCCUGCACAGGUUAAACACCUCAUUCACUGAGGCACUCUAUCCAGUGUUUUCUCUUGAUCCAGACUGCAGUGUAACAAUCUGCCAUCUGACACCAUGUGAACACUGACCAGUACCUUUCACUGGUCACCCAUAACCAGAGAAUUUCUUUGUGUUUGUAGUUUUGGGUCAAAAUGAAUUUUACAGGAUGGG